AUGGAUGAAAUCUUGGUGCUAUCGAAAGGAAAUGCUAUUAAGAGAUUAAGCCCCAUCUAUAAGCUAUCACCCUACUUGGAUUAUAAUGGCUUACUUCGACUUAGUGGAAGAGUGGCCCUCGAGAACAGAGAUGAUCCUAUCAUAUUGCCUAAGUACCAUCACUGUAAUAACGAAACAGUUGUGAAUGAAGUACGGCAAAAAUAUUGGAUUCCACGUCUCAGAGUUAUUCUCCACAAAACUCGACGAGAUCAUUGCCAAUACUGCAAGAAUCAAAGUGCUCGACCAUCUCCUCCAAAAAUGUCAUGUCUCCCACAGACACGCCUUGCUUCAUAUUGCCGCCCUUUUACAUAUGCUGGUGUAGACUAUUUUGGCCCUUUACCUGUCUCUGUACGACGCAGCAGUGAAAAAGAGGUUGCCUAUUCGUUAUCGACAGACUCCUGCAUAAUGGCCAUUCGCAACUUCAUGGCCAGACGUGGGUCUCCUGUUGAACUAUGGAGCGACAAUGGCACAAACUUCAAAGGUGCGGAGCGUGAAUUGAGAGAAGCUUUCGAACUGGUUGAUAAAAACAAAAUAACGAGUGCGUUUACAAGCUCUUCAAUGAAAUGGCGUUUUAUACCACCCAGCUCACCACAUAUGGGAGGAGCCUGGGAGCGUUUGGUGCGUUCCGUUAAGGAUGUACUUUAUAAAAUUUUACCAUCACGCAAUCCUAAUGAUGAGCUCUUACGUAGUUCUUUAAUGGAUGUGGAGAUGAUUGUGAAUUCUAGACCACUUACAUACAUUCCAAUUGAUCAUGAAGAAGAGGAAUCCCUGACUCCUAACCACUUUCUGCUUGGCAGUUCUAGUGGUAUUAAGCCAAUAAUUGAAGGUGUAAGCGAGGGUGUGCAACUCCGAAGAAAUUGGCAAACCGCUCAACAACUUGCAAAUUCAUUUUGGAAAAGAUGGCUACGUGAAUAUCUACCCGUUAUAACUCGACGUUGCAAAUGGUUUGAUGAAGUAAAACCAAUCGAAGUAGAUGACAUCGUACUCAUUGUUGAUCCCGAUAGUCCUAGAUUCUGUUGGCCAAAAGGAAGUAUCAUUGCUACUAAAGUCGGCGCUGACGGUAGAGUGAGAAGUGCGUUGGUUAAAACUGUUGCUGGUAUAUUCGAGAGGCCAGCUACGAAAAUUGCGGUGCUUGAUGUUCGUUGGCUCAAAGAACGAGACGUAGUAGGACCUCAAGAGGACAUACUGGGGGGGAGUGUUGCGACAGAUCUGGCAACGCCUUUGCCUAACAUCCAAACGCACCCCAAUCCACCUGUCAAUCAGUAUUUUAAUUCAAUUAAUGUUACUCACGAGGCCAACUAA